CCGGAUACUAAAAAAAAAAAAUGGCGACGAAGGAGGCGGGAGUCGAAUAAGGCAGCAGAAUAAAUCGGGCCAACGGCAGCCAUAAAGGUGACAGACAGACAGACCGAGAGAGAGAGAGAGACCCCGAGGCUGUGAGACUGGUAAUCUAGAGACGGAGCGAGGCCUUCAUCCCAUCUCUGUGCAGCUUGUUUUAUCAUGGCUACAGGAGGUGGUCCCCCAGAAGAAAUAAUCAGUGACCAGGAGCUACCCAACUGGAGCCACGAGUCUUUUGAUGACAGACUAAACAAUAUGGACUGGAGUGGACAGAAGAAAGCCAACAGGUCAUCUGAAAAGAACAAGAAAAAGUUUGCAGUAGAAUAUGAAACAAGGCUUACAAAUACUAUCUCCCCGGAAUCGUCUCCUGGUGUUGGUCGGAGGAGAGCAAGAACACCACAUACAUUUCCUCACACCAGAUAUGUAUCGCAGAUGUCUGUACCAGAACAGGCAGAAUUGGAAAGACUCAAACAGAAAAUAAACUUUGACCUGGAUCAGCAGAGUAUAGGCAGCGAUUCACAAGGCCGAGCAACAGCAGCAAACAACAAACGCCAGGUUGCUGAUGCCCGAAAGCCUUUUAACUUCCUGCCACUUCAACUUAACACUAACAAGGAUAAAGCUCCUUCUCCAAGUCCUCCUAAGCGGGAAACUAGUACCAGCAUCUUACCAAAAGACUUCCUGUCCCCCACUUUUAAGAAAGAGCUUCUGCGGAAUUAUCAGUUUUCUUUGGAAGAAGAUGGUAGAGGGGAACAAGCAACUGAUAGCAGUCAGGUUGUGAGUAGACUUAUAAAGAUUCGUGACUAUAUAACCAAGGCCAGUUUGCUGAGAGAUGACCUUAUUGAGAAAAAUGAAAGGUGUGCCAAUGUUGAACGCUUAACACAAUUAAUUGACCACCUGAAAGUCCAGGAAAACUCAUACCUUGUGUUUCUUCAAAAAAUGCUUGUUAGCGAAAAUGAGGAGGAUGUUCCAACUAUAGAUUCUGCAGUGGGAUCUGGUUCUGUAGCUGAGAGCACAUCAUUAAACAUUGACGUGCAGUCUGAGGCUUCAGAUACCACGGAGUUAUCUGUUAGUCGACCCCGAAUUGAGGACAAUCUAGGGAGCUCAGCUUCACAAAUGACGGUUUCAAAGUUUCAAGUUCAUACAUCUCCAAAAAAUCAAGGUGACAGACUCUCUUGGAAUGGGAGAGACAUAUGGCCACAAACCCAUUUUUCUCAACACCAUGAAUUACACUUUAAGGCUGUAGACCCUCAGAAGGAAGCUAAAGAGGAACUUAAAAAUAUGAAGAAGCAGCAUGCCUUAUUAACAAGAAUGCUUCAGCAACAAGAACAGCUCCGGGCUCUCAAAGGAAGGCAGGCUGCUCUCCUCGCUUUACAGCAUAAGGCAGAACAAGCAAUCGCUGUGAUGGAUGAAUCUGUAGUUACCGAAACUACAGGAAGUGUUUCUGGUGUAAGUUUAACUUCCGAGCUAAAUGAAGAGCUAAAUGAUUUGAUCCAGCGCUUUCAUAACCAGCUUCAUGAUUCUCAGAGUCCACCUGUGCCAGAUAACAGAAGACAAGCUGAAAGUCUUUCACUUGCAAGAGAAGUUGCUCGAAGCCGAAAUUCUUCUUUAUCAGAACCUGUGUCAGAAGAGCGAGGCCCACUCUUUAGCAAGGUUGGAGUACUGCUAGAAAAGAAACAAAAAAUGGACUCCCUACUAGGAGAACUUCAUACACUACAUGAUACCCAACUGAAUAAUAAUGCAUUUAUGGCAUCCACAGGUUCCCCACAAAGGAGCUUGGAUCAGAGAAGCAUAGGAUCAGCUGCCUCUGGUCCUCUCAUCUCUGACAAUAGAGCAACAAACAGCAGUGCAUUAGCCACUGCUUAUCCACCUGUACCUGCUGUAUCUCGUAAUGACAGUGAAGAUGGAGAGAAUCAAAACCCAGCAGAAAAACUCAAGAAAUUGCAAGAAGUUCGAAAAAGAUUAAACGAGUUGCGUGAUUUGGUUCAUUAUUAUGAGCAGACAUCUGACAUGAUGACAGACGCUGUCAAUGAAAACACUAAAGAUGAGGAAGAAAGUGCAGAUUCCGAGUAUGAAUCUGAUUCGGAGCAAGAGUUAACUCACCCUAUCACUAACAUAAGAAAUCCACAACGCAUGCAUAGCUGGGGACAAAUGAAUAGCCUCACCAACGUUCCAUCUGGUACAAAUAACAGAGAUGAAAGACCACUUAACACCGAAUGUGAAAUAAACAACAGAUCUUCUGUUAAUUUAAGACCCUUCAAUGUGUUGUCUUCAUUAGAUUGUUUGUAUAAAAGUGAAGUUGAUAAGGAUAGAAUUCGUGAAAUGGAGCUGGAUGAAGAAGAUAUAGAGGAUGACCAAGCAAGCCGGGCAUCUGUAUCCAGUAGUAGCAGUGUUGCUGAUGAAAACAGUAGCGAUUUCCAGCAAAAAUUUAAUCGACUCAUUGCAGCUAAACAGAAACUUCGACAGCUACAGGAUCUUGUUGCAAUGGUACAGUAUGGUGAUGAUACAGAGUCUGAAACCAUUGCAGCUGAGAGAUCUGGUAGUGAUCACCUUUUAACAGAGGCCUCAAACGCUACACAGCAACCAAAUAACACUCGUCAAAAUUCGUCUAAAGUUCAAAAAGAUAUAGCUUUAAAGGAACAAGCAAGAGAGAAAUUCUAUGAAUCUAAGCUUCAGCAGCAGCAAAAGGAACUAAAACAGUUACAGGAAGAACGGAAGAAACUUAUUGAAAUUCAAGAGAAAAUACAGACUUUACAGAAAGCUUGUCCAGACUUACAGCUGUCCACCUCUAGUGCUGGAACCUUUCCCACUAACAGACAUUUACCAACAACUACUUCAACUCCUGAGGUUGAUGAUCCUAGCAAAGCAAUAAUUCCGACUAUGCCUGACCCUGAAGAUUCUUCAUCUGUGGAUAAUGAGGUGUGGUCAGAAAUUCGAAGGCACCAAAUUGUACGGGAGGACUUGAGACAAAGAAGAAAGCAGUUAGAGUCCCUGAUGGCAGAGCAGCAGCAAAGACAUGGAUUAACAGAUACAAAUUCAGCUGCAUCUCUGAGAAGUGAAGACUCUGAAAAUCAGGGGUAUCAGCACCAAAGCCGGACAGAAAAAACAAUGGCAACCUGGGGUGGAUCCACCCAGUGUGCACUUGAUGAAGAGGAGGAUGAUGCUGGAGUUUCAGAUGUAAACCAGGUGGAGGAGGAGGAGGAGGAGGAAGAAGAAGAAGAAGAAGAAGAAGAAGAGGAGGAGGAGGGUGAUGAUGAUGAUGAUGAUGAAGGAGAUGAACAAGAUGACGCCUUCCAUGGAAAUGUUUCUUAUCGUCAAAAUAGCAGGAAUCAAAGUGCUUUUAGUGAAAACCGCAAUGAACAUUGUAGCAAAAAUUGGUCAAAGGGCCAGCGUACAUUUUCAGUUGAUGGCAAUUAUCGUCCCUCACCCAAAACAAGACAACAGCAGAAUAUUAGUAUGCGGCGCCAAGAAAAUCUCCGCUGGGUAUCAGACCUCUCUCAUGUGGAGGAGAAAGAACAAUGGCAGGAGCAAAUUGAUCAUCUAAGAAAACAAUUGGACUUCAGCACAACUAUUUGUCAAACUUUAAUGAGAGAUCAACAGACCCUCUCCUAUCUGCUCCAGAGCUUUUUAGCAAAUCCUUAUAAUGUAAUGCCAAAUAAUGCAGGGUCAUCCCAAGUCCAGCUUCUUACUCAUCAGCUGAAUCAGUCCUAUUGUCAACUUAACUGGCAACAAAACAAUGUCAUGAGAUUAAGGCAAAUGCUGAAUGAUGUUAUUCGGCAACAACAAGAACACUUGCAACAAGAUCACCAACAGCAAAGUGACAGAGGCAGCAACAUACCUCCACCUACAUCUUCCAAUAUGUUUAAUAACUUAAGCUUCCUUCCUCCACACAUGAAUUUCUUUAAUAUGUCUCCUUUUGGAAACCUUCCAAACUUGGCACCAGGUAUGAACUUUAAUCCUAUGUUUCCAUCUGGUUUUGGAGAUUUCACGCAAAGUGCUGCUUCUCACAUUGAUACACCACUCCAGCCUCCUGAUCCUAACACUUCUGCAAAGACUGAAUACAUGGCUUUUCCUAGACCAUUUGAAAGUAAUCCUUCAAGUUCAACGGACAAACAAAGGAACCCACCACAGGCACCAGUAGAUGGAGAGAGUGGUAGAGGAACAUGUGAAGACCAAAAUAAUGCUCUGGGGAAAAAAUCCCCAUUUUUGAACCCUGGACAUUCAGCCUGUUGUACCACACUUAAACAACCAGAGGCAUUAAAGAGAAUAAAGCGGUUUGAUGAAGAAUCCCUGGAUAGUUUGAGCAGUAUGCCAGAUCCAAAGGAUCCAACUACAGUAACUAAAACCUUUAGGAGUCGAAAAGCAUCAGCCCAAGCUAGUUUGGCAUCGAAAGAUAAAACGCCGAAAGCAAAAAACAAGAAAAGAAAGAUUUCACAUCAAAAAAGCAGAGCAAUGAAAAACUUUGGCUUUCACACUGUGGACGCUUCCAAGACACAGUGUGACAAGACAGCUGAAGCUAAACAGAGUCACAGUAAACAUGCCCAGACUGAGGAGAUGACUGCAGGCCAUGUGACCCCCAGCAAUAGUGAGCAUUUGUUGAGAAUGAAAAAAGACAACCAAUCUGCAGAGAUGACCUCAGAGGCUGGUAGUGACUUUUCUAUGUUUGAAGCUUUACGUGACACCAUCUACUCCGAAGUCGCUACACUGAUUUCACAGAAUGAAUCGCGCCCACAUUUCUUGAUUGAACUCUUUCAUGAACUGCAGCUUCUGAAUUCAGAUUACCUUCGGCAAAAAGCAUUGUUUGCAUUGCAGGAUAUUGUAACAAGACGCAUCACUGAAAAGAAGCCAGACUCCUCAAAAACAUUGGAAUCUGCUUGUUGGAUUGCUUCUAGUGCUGAAUAUACUCCCAGCCAAAGUCUGGUUACAACUGAUGAUGAAAUUUAUGAGAAAAUCUCUGAUGGGCCGGUUCUUCAUGAGAAUGUAAAAAACGAAGGUGAUAAUGUUAGCAAUUUAUCAACGUCCUCAAAUUUUGAACCAUUUGCAACUGAUGACCUUGGUAAUACAGUGAUUCAUUUAGAUCAAGCAUUGGCAAGAAUUAGAGCUUAUGACCGCAUGAAACUUGAGACUGAAAACAAUUUAGCUGCUGACUGCUGCAAUAAUCUUAACCGUUCUGUUACUAAUUUGGGAGAUGGUCCAACUGACCCGGAAAGCGCCAAUGCUGAACAAUCAGGAGAUGACGCUUCUAUGGUUCCCUGCCCACGCAUUGAUACUCAGCAGCUUGAUCGACAAAUAAAAGCAAUUAUGAAGGAAGUCAUCCCAUUUUUGAAGGAACACAUUGAUGAAGUUUGCUCACCAAAUCUGCUAACAUCUAUCAGGCGAAUGGUUUUGACCUUAACACAACAAAAUGAUGAGAGCAAAGAAUUUGUGAAAUUCUUCCACAAGCAGCUUGGCAGCAUUCUACAGGAUUCACUUGCAAAAUUCAGCAGUAGAAAACUGAAGGACUGUGGUGAAGAUCUUCUGUUGGAGAUUUCUGACGUCUUGUUUAAUGAGUUGGCAUUCUUCAGACUUAUGCAGGACCUGGACAGUAACAGCUCUGCACUUCAAGACAGAUGCAAGCGGACGUCAGAUGCUGUUGGAGUCUUCCAGUCUUUUACCAAAGAGGCUCAGAAAACAGUUGAAGAUGAAGAAAGCUCAGCUCCUGGACAUAUGGAUGAUGAAGAUAAAGAUAAAGAUGAAUCGGAGACCUUACAAAAAGCACAAAAAAGUGAAAAUGUGGAGGCUACUCUUGUCCACAGUGGGAGAUCAGAUGUUUCUGAGGAAGAAGAUGGGAAUGAAAAUCUUCCAGUUUCCAUAAGUUUAUCCAAAGCUGAAACUCAAGCUUUAACAAAUUAUGGUAGCGGUGAAGAUGAAAAUGAAGAAGAGAAUGAUUACUUUCAGGCCAUACCUGUUGAUGUCCAGACUUCUCUGGAAGCUAGCAAUGAAGCUACUGCGGAAAAUGAAAAAGAACAGGUGUUUAAAGGCACAGUUGAAAAAGUAGCAGAGUGUGAAAACAAUGGAUUGUUGGGCAAAAAUGAUAAAGGAGAAAGGGAUGUGUCACAUGAAGAUCCUGUAGACGAUGCUACUGCAAUUACUCCUCCACUUCUGCUUAAUAGUGACGAUGCAAACACAUCCACAGAAAUAUCAAUUCAUACAAAGUUGCCUCUUGCUUCAUCUGAUAGCUCUGGUGCUGGAAGCCCUGCCACUGAUUCCCCUGUACUAGUUAAUGAAUAUGAAAGUGGCUCUGGAAACCAUAGUCAGAAAUCCGAUGAAGAGGACUUUGUUAAAGUUGAUGAUUUGCCACUGAAACUUUCCAUACCCAAGUCUGAUCUAAUGAAAGAAAUAGAGAAAGAAGAGCAGAAAAACAAUUUGUGCAAUGAGAUCCUGAAUUUGCAUGGACAAGCAAAUGGCACUGUCGAGCUAGCGGGAGAUGCUCUGACAUUGAAAGAUCCUGCUACCUUUGGCUCCCAUUCUGCAUGAAAACUGUGGCAGAGCACAUGAUCUCCUUCUGCAGAGCUGAAACAUUAACAUACGGCACCUUCUAAGUUUCAAGUUGUUUAAAAUGUUUUUAUUCUGGAAACUGCUGUAAAGGUUUUGUUAAAAAUAAAAUCUCCCAAUGGCAGUUAUGUUGAAUCUAAUAAAACCUGUAUUGUUUAAAAAAGACAAAAACACAAACUCCAUGCUCUGUCCUUUUC